AUGACUGCUGUGGCAUCAGUAGAAGAAAGACCAUCGCCAAAUCUUUCAGAUAGUGCCCUCUCCCGCUGCGCGCAAACGGGGCGCGUAGAGAGAAGCGAGAGGACGGGACCUCCCCGCCUGGGCCUCGCCGUGCGGAGGGAGGGAGGGGAGGAGCCGCCCGCAGAGGCCCCAGCGGCGCGGGCGCCAGCUGAGGGGUUGGCCCGGGCCCGCGGGAAGCUGGUAUCUGCUUUGCACAAUCUCACCAGGCAUGUCGUGUACCAUGGCUUGACGAGGGCAGAAGAUAUCCUCUCCCUAUUUCCAGAAGACUUCCAUCAAAAUCUGAAAAACCUUUUGACUAAGAUAAUCUUGGAGAAUAUCUCUGCUUGGAGGAAUGAAGCACAAGCAAGUCAGAUCUCCCUGCCUCGGCUGGUCGACAUGGACUGGAGGGUGGACAUCAAGACAUCUUCAGACAGCAUCAGCAGAAUGGCAGUCCCUACUUGCUUGCUUCAGUUAAAGAUUCAGGAAGAUGUUGCUUUAUGUGGAAAUAGUCCUGUUGUUUCUGCAGUGACUGUGGAACUGAGCAAAGAAACACUGGACACUAUGUUAGAAGGUCUAGGAAGGAUCCGGGACCAACUUUCUGCUGUUGCAAACAAAUGAAUACUCAAGGGCAUGGAUUCAAGCAGCAAGGAAGGGAAGUAUUCUCUACCUACAGCUCUCAUAAGUUGCAGCCUAGAGUAACAUGUUUUCUGUUUUAACAAAACAAAAUUAAAGAGAUUUCUUUACUGAGUUAAUAAGAUAGCUUUUGAAAAGCUAACACUUAAACAUCCCUUUGGUCUGAUGCCAAAAAAUGUUCUCCUAAUAUGUUGUUGAACAAAAGCUGGUGUCUAUUUCAGAAAAGGAUUUGAAGGCUCAGAGUUUGGCUUAAUCACAAGGGUCAUAACUGGGAAUAGCAAAUAGCUGCAGCCAAUGAAGCAAGUGCUAUCCCUCUGCCCUGAAAUUAGGAUCUAAAAGAUUUAAGCUGUUUAAUGGGCUGCCUUCCAGCAUUAGCAGACAAGGAGGUGCUCCUCUCUGGAAUGUGCCUGUAUGUGCAUGCUGGAUGUAGCACUCUCUCCCUCUCAAUGAAGCACAGCCAUUCUGCAGAUUGUUAUUACAGGAUAAUGCUUUGAAAUAGGGCAAUUAUGCUACAACACAUUCCCUUUUGAUGAUCUUCAUAGCACCAUUUACAAAAUGACUAGUCUUAACAUCUUUAGCAGCAAGUAAUUUCUUCUGUUUCAAAAGAAAAAAAGGAGUUCAGAUAAUUCAUGUUUGGGUUUAUUGGACUCUGGGCUUUGCCUACGCUGCACGAAAACCAGACUGGGAAAGUAAAGAAUCAAUGGCCCUUGUCUGUACUCUAGGAAACUGUUCUGUAGCAGUAUGUGCCUCUACUUCCCCAAAGUGUUCUGCUGUUUAUUUGUAUAUAUCCUCAUUUAAUUAAAAAAUGAACUGCUAA